AUGAACAAAGAUCAAGAAACACAGAAUAGUGAAAAGACUAUGGAUUCACAACUGGAAAGAUAUGAACAUUUAGGAGGUAUAAGACAACUUCUUUUAUUUUUCAUGGUAGCAAUGGUACAGAUUAUGGUACAGGUGACUUUAUCUCAAGUCCCACUGUUACCUCUACCAGGAUUUUUCCAUAUUGAAGAGAAUUUAGGUAAACAAUCAUGGCUUGCAUUGUCAAUGCCGUUAACCACCGCCGCUUUCAUGUUGCCUGCCGGUAAAUUAGGUGAUUUAUAUACGUACAAAAGAUUAAUUGUCAUUGGGUAUGCUAUAGUUGGUUUCGGAGCUUUGAUGGUUGGAUUUACAGGUUAUGUUGAGAAUCUUGUAUACUUUUCCAUCUUUAGAGGUGUUACAGGUAUAGGUUUUGCCUGCACAUUACCAAACUUCUUACUGUUAGCUAAUACCAUAUAUCCAGCUACCAGUUUCAAGAGAUUGAUCAUGAUGGUUACGUUUAGUACUUCGGCCAUGAUUGGAUUUUUCGGAGGAUUAAUGGUAAGUGCUGUUGUUGCUGAAAGAAUUUGGUGGCCUUGGGCUUUCUGGAUAGCUGCCAUAAUAGCUAUAUUAUUGAGUAUAGCCAAUUACUUGAUUAUUCCUGAUGGAGUCGAUACCUAUUGUACAGAAAGAGUUCCAUUUGAUUUUAUAGGAACGGCUUUAUACUCACCAAGUAUAAUAAUAUUAGUGGCAAUGAUGGUACAAGGAGCUGCUGCUGGUUGGAAGCAAAAUCCUUAUACAUAUAUUAUAUUUAUCGUUGGAUGUUUAUUAUUUGGUGCAUGUAUGAUUUAUGAAAUAAAAUUCUGUAAAUAUCCUUUGAUACACAGAGGAAUUUUCACAUCAGAAACAGCUUUUGUUUUGUUAUGUAUGCUUUGUGGGUGGGCUGGAUUUGGAAUUUGGUUAUUCAAUACAGGAAGAUUCGAUCAAUUGAUUGUUGGUUCAACCCCUGUAGUUGCAGCUUUACAUUACCUACCAGUUAUUCCAUCAGGUAUCAUCUCAGUUACCUUAGCAAUUAUUUCGCUCCAGAAACUCCCCGUACCUUUAUUAAUGUUGGUGUCCUUAUGUUCAUUCUUGGUAAGUAAUAUUCUUGUUGGUACCAGACCCGUACAUCAAACAUACUGGGCACAGAACUUCAUUUCAGUGAUAAUAUUGCCUUUUGCUAUAGAUUUUAGUUUACCUACGGGGGGAAUCAUUUUACUGUCCCUAGUACCAAAUACGGAAGUUGGAGCUGCUUCAUCAAUUGUUUUAACUGCAGCAUUCUUGGCUGUGACUAUAGGUUUUGCUAUCGGUACUAAUGCCGAAGUUUAUACCACAAUAGGUAAGCCGCAGUCAAUUGAAACUUUAACCCAAGCCAUAAGAAAUUCUUUCCAUGUCGCCUUUGCCAUUAAUGGGUUAGGUGUAAUUGUUGCCUUCAUAUUUGUGAUCUACUCUUUGGCUUACUUGAAGAAAUAUUCUUCUCCUACCCAAUCAAGUGAAAAAAAUCAAAUUGUAUAG